AACACAGGGGUUGCUGGAUCAAGUGAGGCUGAAAAUUAUGCAGAAAUAUUACAAUGGCUUGAUGGUAAACCUCCAUCAUCAGUGGUUCUCGUGUGUUUUGGGACCAUGGUGAGCUUUGAUGAAGAUCAGGUGGUGGAGAUAGCAAAUGCAUUGGAGGAAAGUGCGGUUGGCUUCAUAUGGUCCCUUAGGCAGCCCCCACCAAAGGGUAAGUUCGAAGCGCCGAGAAACUACACCAACAUCAAAGACGUCCUACCGGAGGGAUUUCUCGACAGAACAGCAGAUAUUGGUAGAGUGAUCGGAUGGACGUCGCAGGUGGAGCUAUUGGCACACCCCUCUAUAGGAGGAUUCGUAUCACAUUGUGGUUGGAACUCAAUUAUAGAAAGUGUAUGGCAUGGAGUGCCGAUGGCGACAUGGCCUAUGCACGCCGAGCAACAAUUCAAUGCCUUUGAGAUGGUGAAGGAAUUGGAAUUAGCUGUGGAGAUCACAUUAGAGUAUAGAAUUACUUUUGGUGAAGGUAAGCCGAGAUUGGUGAGUGCAGAAGAGAUAAAGAAUGGGAUCAGGACAUUGAUGGGAGAAGAAAGUAAUGAGAUAAGGAAGAAAGUGAAAGCAAAAAGUGAAGAGAGUAGGAAAAGUGCGAAGGAAGGUGGAUCCUCAUUUAUCUCAUUAGGGAAAUUUAUAGACAACGUUUUGGCCAACUCGCCAGGAGGAGGAAACUAAAGGAUGCAGUUUCAUAUGCUUAAAAUAUAUACAUAUAUAUUGUGUACCUCCAUCACAGAUGACUCUCUUCGCCUCAAUGUGCAUGCGCCCGACCUAUCAUAUCGUUGAUUAGCUCGACCCCGACUCGUGAUACUCUUGGUUAGCUCGCCUUCCUUCUCCAUUCCAAAUUUGGUUCUAUUUCCUGAAGGAGAUUGCUCGAGGUAAGAUUUUAUGAUAUCAACAACUUUAUUCCGUCAAAAUAACAAACAAGAACAAAAACUA